ACUGGCCAACAAUCGCGGUCCGUUUCCAAUCCCUCUUUCUACACUAUCUAUGCAGAAAGAGCGAGGGUGGCACUUUGCUUCGUUUACUGAGAAACAAGGGGGGAAUUUGACAGAGUUUAAACAAAGAUUCAAUGGCUGAACAGGAUUCAGAUGCUCAAAAGAAGCUAGCCGUGGACUUAUACAAGGCUGUAGUCAAUAAUGACGUCACCAAAGUUAGGUCCCUGUUGGGACAGGGAGCAGACCCCAACCACCAGCUCUACUGGAGUGACGAGUGGGCGGGUAAGCCUCCAUUACACAGGGCUUGUGAUGAAGGCUACCUUGAGAUUGUGAAGACACUUGUUACUCAUGGAGCUCGUACUGAUAAAGGUGGUGGGAGGAACAACAAGACUCCACUUCACUGGGCAUGCUGGGGAGGUCAUAAAGAGGUGGUGCAGUACUUGAAGGAGGAGGUCGGGUGUAGCACUGAUGUGAGGGAUAAUGAUGACGAGACUCCUCUUCACACUGCUUGUGGGGGAGGAAGUAAAGACGUGGUACAGUAUCUGGUGGAGGAGCUGAAGAUGGAUGUUGAUGCGAGGGACAAGUACAACCUAACACCACUGCACAUUGCUUGUGGGGGAGGAAGCAUACAAGUCGUGCAGUACUUAGUGGAGGUGUGCCAGGUUGAUGUUGAUGUGAGGGACAAGGGCAACUGGACACCACUGCACAGUGCUUGUUGGGGAGGACAUAUACAACUAGUGAAAUACCUAGUUGAGGAGGGCAAGUGUGAUGUUGGUGUGACUGAUGAUCGUGGCAACACUCCUCUUGACUUGGCAGUACGGAGGAGGAAGACUGAAGUUGCUGACUAUCUCAAGUCCACUCCUGAACCAGAUACUCCAAAUGGUUCCAAACAACUUCCUUCCACUUCUUCAGAGGAUUAUCCUAACCUAACCUCAUCAACGGCAGAAGUGCUUUUUGCUUUUCCGAAAACUCAAGAUGGUGAGCUGUCUUUGAUGGUGGGGGAUAUCAUUCAAGAUGUUGUGACAGGUGAUGAAGGCUGGUGUAAAGGAACUCUGAAUGGAGAAAGAGGGCUCUUCCCUGUCAAUUUUGUCAAAAUGAGACCAGCCGAGAUCCCAUCUCCAGCAGAACCACCAUCACAGCCACCGGUUGUGCGAGAUGGUGGAGGAGCUAUAAAGAGCCGACGUGCUAAGGUGGCAUACAGCUUUGUUGCAGAAAGUCCUGACGAGCUUUCUCUUGAAGCUGGACAGAUUGUGGAGGUGAUAGCAGAAGAGGAGGAGGGAUGGUGUAGAGGGAGGCUCAACAAUAAGGAGGGGGUCUUCCCAAGUAUCUUUAUAGAAUCCACCCCGGUACCAGCCGAGCCUCCACCAGAACCAGUCGAUAUUCAAAACCAAACCUACUUGAAGAAACUGGACGAGCUGAUGACCGACAAAAACAACACCAUUAAGCUACACUAUCUCAAGACAUACUUCAUUGGUCCUUCGGGUAUUGGCAAAACGACCACUCGACAGCGGCUUGUUGGAUCCAUUACUAACCUGUCUUUGCUGCCCAAAGAUCAAAGGAAACGUUGCAGUACAUUACUAGCCGAGUGUGAACAAGUAUUGGCCUUUGUGGACAAAUCUGGAACAAAGCUUGAAUUCAAAGCAUCUUCAAGUCUAGAGGAAGAAACACAGUUUAUCUUCUCUUACCUUAUGUCCUGUGAACCUAUUGAAGACAGCACUGUCAGUCCACCUAAGGAACAGCCCACACAAGAAACCACUGACCCCAAGAAGCAAACUCAACUCAAAAUCGAUGAAGCACCGGUUUCACCAACUGAUCAGCCAACACCAGAACCACCGGAAAAGAUCGAUGAAGCUGCUACUGCACCCAAAGAAACGUUAUCACCAACACCUGGGCCAACACCAGAAACAGUAUCACCAACUGAUCAGCCAACACCAAAACCACCGGAAAAGGUCGUGAAAGUGACCACUGUAGAUGUUGGAAAGGUUGUCUCGAGACUCCGGAGUAUUGUGGGUUCAGGAGAGUACACUAAAGAGCUGCUGAACAAAAUCCUACUCAAUCUGGUCGAUAUAGGUGGGCAGCCUGGAUUCGUGGAGAUGAUUCCAUUUUUAAGCAAAGGCGCAGGGAUUUUCCUGGUAUUCUUUCGACUGGACAAAGACCUCGAUGACAUGUGUCAAGUCUCCUACGAACGAGGAGAGGACAAGAUCACACCGUACGAUUCAACGUACACAAGCAGAGAAACACUCUCUCAAAUCCUCUCAGCUAUCAGCCACCAUACCAAGAUUGACUCGGAUAUUGACAGAGAGCAGUGUAGUAAACUGGGCAAUCUAGGCUCUGCUAAGCCUGUUGCUACCCUCAUAGGUACUUUCAAGGAUGAACUGGCAAUGCAAAUCAAAGUUGAUCUUCUGUACGAGAAAUGUUGUGCCUCCACAACAGCUGUCUGCAAAAGCGAUGGCACCACUGCCAGCAAGAGCGAUAGCACCACUGCCAACAAGAGCGAUAGCACCACUGCCAGCAAGAGGGAUAGUACCACUGCCAGCAAGAGCGAUAGCACCACUGCCAGCAAGAGCGAUAGCACCACUGCCAGCAAGAGCGAUAGCACCACUGCCAGCAAGAGCGAUAGCACCACUGCCAGCAAGAGCGAUAGUACCACUGCCAGCGAGAGCCAAAAAGAACACGAACAAAAGAAAACACUUCGGAACAUUUUGACUCAACAGAAGAGUGAUGAGCAUGCUAACGUCAGUGCAGAAGACAUGGCUGCCAUUGAGCAAACAGUCAGCCAACACCUCAACUCAGACACUUUCAAGAAAGAUUUCCAAGACCGUUUAGAGCAACAGUUGACACAGAAAAACGAAGCCGUGAGCAAGAUUACCAGCAAGUUUGAGAAAUUACUUUCUAACCCAAAAGACAAGAAGUUCAUAGCAAUGGACAACUACGAAGGCACUGAUUCUGAUAUGGAACCUCUUCGUGAACAUCUUCAUGGCUUAUUCAAUAGCUAUUUCAAAGAUGCCAAGCUUCGAAUUCGCCCACAACAGCUUUUGUUUGGAGUUGUACUGAGAAAAGAGUUUGACAUUGUGUCUAUGGAAGAAUGCAUUCGUAUCGGUACCGAGGGGUUGAAGAUGAGAGAGGAGGAGGUUCGAUUCACCGUUUGGUAUCUGGAUCGGUACGUUGGAGCUUUGAUCUAUCAUCCAGAGAUCAAGGACAAAGAUGGUUGGUUUGGGAACUUUGUCAUUUGCAACCCCCAAGUGGUAUUCAACAGCCUCAGUGUCCUCGUUGUCAAUCCGCUGCUGGAGCUCCAUUCUGAAGACAGCCGUAUUCAGUUUAAUGAUGAUGAGAGAAGGAAUUGGAUACUCAAGGGACAAUUCUCACUGAAAACAAUCACUCGAUGCCAUUCCGAUGUAAACCAGGGUGUGAAGAAAGACCAGUUGAUUCCUGUUGAGAAGCUGCUCAUACUACUCGAGCAUUCCCACCUCUUGGCCAAGAUCACAACAGUGGAGGAAGACCAUACCACAAAAGAGGACGAAACGACGUAUUUCAUCCCCGCUAUUCUCAAGUGUGCAUCUCGCGAGGAACUAACGAAACCACCCCCCACUGACAUUGAUACACCCUCUCCAAUCAAAAUCACAUUCAAACCCCAAUACGUUCCCAUUGGAGUAUUCUGUGCCAUGAUCAGUGAAUUGGUCUCAAGGGGGAGUAAAGACAGAGGCAUUCUGGGCAUGACUUGGAAACUUGCCACUGAUACCUCAGUAAAGAGAAACCUCGUCUCCUUUCACAUUGACGAAUCUGCCAAGCAUUUUGUUACCCUGAUUGCUCACGUCGAUUGCUAUGAGAUACGGAUUAUUCGACAGGACAGGGACCAUACGAUGCACGAGCUUUGUUCCUACGUCCUCUCAACCCUCCUGUUGGUGAUGAAGGAUAUUAGUCCACUACUCACUCCGAUUAUUGCCUUCGACUGCUACUGUGGCAAGCAUGAAGAUGGUUCCAAGCUUUGCUUCCUCACACCUGGAGCUGAUCCCUGCUUUAAAUGCACUAGCAAAGUCUCACUGAGCCCUCACCAAGAAUGCUGGUUUGCAGAAGAAGUCAGCCUGGGAGAUGAUGUUACUCUCCUUGCUCUGCCAUUUGCUGAUCUAGAGGACCUAGAGCCAAGCCUCUCCUUCAAGUGGAAGAAGAGAAGUCCGAGACUUAGCGGUAGGGAAAAUGAAUUGGAAGUUAAGGCUUUGUCAAAUAGUCACUUCAAGGGUUUUAUCAGUUGUGAGAUCUCCAAGAACCAGAAGCCUUUCUUCACCGUGUACCACUGCCUCAAAGAGAGUGUUGAGGACACCUCCAGCUCUGAAACUGACCAGCUGUUUGCAGAUAUGAAGGAAGUGAUCAAAGAGGUACGCUCUGACUGGUACAGCCUGGCUAUAGAACUGGACAUUGACUAUGCAACUAGGAAGAGUCUUGAGAAGGACUAUCGCUGGGUUGAGCCGUGCUUUGAGGCCAUGCUGACACACUGGGUGAAGCGCUCCUCUCCUCCCCCCUCCUGGUCUGCCCUUGUUAGAGCACUCGAGUCUCCCGCCAUUGCUCGUGGGGACAUUGCAACAACCAUAAAGACAAAAGCUACCAGCGACAUCUCUCCUGAUAUUUGUCCUCUCACUCACGAUGAGGGACUGAGUGUGGAUCAUCAUUUGAGGGUAGUGAGGACAGCUGCCUGGGAGGUGAGGGGGACAUGGCGUCCUCUGGGAGAGCAGUUGGGUGUCAAUGAGGGGACACUAGAUGUGAUAGCUGAGGAGAAUGCCAGAAGGCCCAACAGUAUCACCAAGUGUUUCACACACAUGCUCGUAGAGUGGUUACUAGGUGGUCCACAACUGGAGGACUUGUUGACAGCUCUAGAGUCUCCCGUUAUCAGUAGAGCUGACAUUGCUGAGGACCUCAAGGGAAGAUUGCAAGUCACUCUAGCCUGACAAUAUCCUCUAGCCAUUAUAAACUGUGACUGCUGGCAUUUAUUUUUUAAUUUGUUCUUUAUAUCAAUUAUAAAUGUUUGUGUGGUGACUACUAGCACUCUAUCCACCAUAAUUAUACCUGAUGUGAAUGCUUUGUUGAGUCAAUGUG